GGUAUUUAAGAGAGCUCUUGAUACAAGAUCUGCAUCAGUUUUUCUUGUUUUCCAUUCAGUGAUCAGUGUAUUAUUCGAAAAUGUUAUUUCAAAUAAUUUUUGUUUGCAUUCUGUUGAGUUAUACAAGUGCACAAGCUCCACUUACGAAGCAAUACAAAUUUGAAACUUACUUCAAGGCGAAUUGGUUUGAUGCAUAUCUAUUUUGUCGUGACCAUGGCAUGCAACUGGCAACUAUAAACACACCUGAAGAACACGAAGCUAUUGCUCGAAACCUGCCAAAAACUAAUACGUAUCCAGUUGAAUAUGAUGACUACUGGUUAUCUGGCACGGACUUGGCUAAAGAAGGUUAUUACAAGUGGUUUUCAACGGGCAAAGCUAUGUCAUAUGUAGCAUGGGAAUUGACACCCAAUCAGGAUCCGUAUUCGGCUACAGUCGAUGAUGUCGAAGAUUGUGUUUUUUUCCAUGGUGUCGGUCAAAGAUGGUUGUCUACAAACUGCACCACUUUGAAUUACUUUAUAUGUGAAACUGUUUAGAGUGGAACUGGACAAAGAGAAACGAGUACAGUAGUAAUAAACAACAAUAAACAUAAUUUUUGUCAGCAUAUCAA